AUGUCCAUUAUGACCCUUCGGCUGCCAUACCCCUAUCAAAGGUUGCUUUCCAAUGGCGAUGCCAAUACAGACUCCCACCCGCUCAAAAGCACUCCCAUUGCAGUCGCGGCUCCUCGACCGUGCACACUACAGAUCCGAUCCCCGCCGAACACACCUUCCAACGCGCCUCAAGAACCUGUCAACGCCAGGGGGGCACAGCAGCAAGCCCAACCCUUCUUGCAACCACCACAUCAUCGAUCUCCGUUUGUUUGUCCUCUGUGGUCCUUCCUUUUGUUUUAUCCUUUGUUUUUAUCCUUUUGUUCUUUCUUUUGUUCUUUCUUUGUUCUGUCUCUCUCUCUCUCUCUAUCUCUAUCUCUCUCAAACUCUCUCUCUCUAUCUCUCUCAAACUCUCUCUCUCUAUCUCUCUCUCAAAAACUCUCAGACUCUCUUUCUCUCUCUCUCUCUCUCUCUCAAACUCUCUCUCUCCUCUCUCUCUCUCUCUCUCUCUCUCUCUCUCUCUCUCUCUCUUCUCUGUUACAUUUUGUGACGCUGCCGUUGUGGUGUUGCUUGUGCCCCGUGUCGCCGGUGUCGUCGGCACCUUUUGCCCCCGCUCUUUGGGCUGUAAAAAUUUGGGGUGUGAUGCUGGUGAAGUUUGCUGUCCUAACUGUGGUGACUACUGGAAAUGUUAUGUUUACUGUGGACCUGGCACGUACCUUGGCUCAGGUUCCUGCCGCCCCUGUCCCGAAUUGCAAUGCAAUGUCCUACUGUGGCACCGGUACCUACGCCUCAUACACCAACCCCGGCGCCUCUCGCGACCUCAUUUGCCUGUCAUGUCCUUCGGAGUUUUUCCAAGACAAAGCACAGCAUCGCGAUCAGUCCUGUACUCCCUUUUUCACCUGCGGGCCAGGCGAAGGACUAUACUACGCCUCGGCGUCGACUGCAGGCACCUGCCUCGACUGUCCUGCCGGCAAAUACGCCCAAGAUCCCCGCUCCACAAAGUGCACCGAUUGUGCCUGGAACAGUGUCGCACCUUCCAGCGCAUCCCCAAGCUGCGUUGACUGUGGGGCCGGUCAGGUCGCCAAUGAGGCUCGAACUGCUUGCAUCGACUGCCUGGCAGCCAUGCUGGUGCUACCACUUGCACCCCCUGCAGGCAAGGCUACUAUGCCAGUUCAGACCAUUCCGUGUGCUUUGCGUGUCCUGCGGUGCGACUCAGGCCAUGUUCCCAACAGCAACCAAAGUGCCUGUGUGCCAUGUGGCCUCGGCGAGGUGGCCGCAACUGGUGCUACCACCUGCACAACCUGCGACCCGGGCUUCAUCCCCGACGCCCAGUCUGCGGCCUGCACGCCUUGCCCCGACGGCUUCAUUUCUUCUGCCAAUGGCAGGACUGAUAACCCUUGUGAGGCCUGUCCCAUCGGUUCCAUCAGCAAUGAGAACCACAUUGCGUGCGACAUCUGCCCAUCAGGAACCGUCGCGCUUGAACCCGUCAGCAGCUGUACCCCCUGUCCACCUGGGCUCUAUUCUGAGGCGCCCACCGUGCCCUGCCAGCGCUGCGAAGGGGAAACGUUUGCACCACAAGGCUCGGCCACCUGCCUUCCGUGCCCAGCCUAUUACUUUGCCAAGCAUUCCCAUGCAACGUGUGGGACGUGCCCCGGUGGCACGCUCUGCCUGCUCUGCACGGAUAAUGAGUAUCAGCCGCUGGCUGGGCAGGUGACCUGCCUGCCGUGUCCAUACCAUGGGCUGAUGGCUUCGACCGAUCACCGUUCGUGCAUUGAUACGCUUCCACCCACCAUCAAGGGCUGGGUCGACAAUAUGACCAUUUUGGAAGGUGACUUGACGGCGACCUUGCCUGCUCUGGAGCUGGCCGAUAACGUGCCCAAUGCCACCUGGGUGGAGUAUCCGGUGAUUCACCUGCCGGAGCUGUCCUUGGGCACUCACGUUUUCAAUUUUACGGGCCGGGACGCUCAGGGCCUUGUCGUUCAGCGCUCCAUGACCAUUAUGGUGCAGAACAACCCGCGACCCAUUAUCCGCUUCUUUGGUGUCGAAAGCUUCAACGUUCCUGUGGGCCACAACUUUACUGAAGCGCCCAUCCAGGCCUACGAUAGCGUCGCCGGCGAUGUUUCCGAGUUUCUCCAACGAGAACCCGCCCACGUCAACACUGAUCGUUUGGACACGAUUGUGUUGACCUAUACGCUCGCUUACACCAACGAGUACAACCUGAGUGCAAUGCCGCGACAGCGCACCGUGACGAUCGUCGAUCGCGACCCUGCGGUUUUUAGCGCGCCCACUGGACCCAUGGAAAUCCGUUCAGGCCAGCCGAGCAAGCCGCCGCUCAUCGAGGCGUACGAUAACGUGGACGGCAAUGUCACUGCCAAUGUGUCUGUGACUUGGGGUCUGAACAAGGGGUUCUCCGAGUACACAGAUCUGUGUGGAAAGAGUCUGACCGUGGACUCGAGCAUGGCUCGCUCCGACGUGCCACUGAGUCUUUUGUUUGGGCUGCGCCCGACCUCGGGCAUUACGGCAGACUAUCGCUACACGGACAGCUCGGGCAAUCUCGCCUCCACUUCCCGUCCGGUCCUGGUGAUCGACGAUGUACCGCCUCAACUUGUACACAACCUCUCCGCAGGCAUGUGUGACGUUACACAUGCUGGUGAUUGCGCGUUGCUACAUUUUGCAGCUACUGCUUCGGAUUGGUGGGGCCAAGGCCCCGCGCCUUGCACGCCCUCGGCCGAUUUGACCAUCCAUGUUGUUGAGUACCGGCCCAACGAGCCUUAUGUUCUGAACAGUAGCACGUGGAGUGAGGGCCAGCUUUUACCCCUGUGGCAGCCUCGCAGCUACUCCCGCGUGCAAGAGCUCGGCAGAGAUGACCUGUUAUCUGCUGCGGCCGACGCCACGGUUGGGACCAUCUUCGAGGUUGUUCUCGAGGCCAGCGAUGUGCACGGCAACCAAGCGGUUGAAGCGUACAAUAUCACAAUAGGUGACCUGGCUCCUCCCACUCUCUCACUUCAUGGCCCCAUGAACGUCACGCUACCUUUUGCCGCUGCAUGGCACGACCCCGGGGCUUGGGCGCAGGAUGCCGGUGAGCUUGACACGGUGAUGAACGCUGCCGUUAGCUCGAACGCUGCUUGGGUCUUGGACACUCGCCGGGCAGGUCUUUUCAACGUUACCUACUGGGCACGUGACCGUUUCAAUAACACUGCCCAACUCCAGCGCUCCGUUGCCAUUUUACCCUUGGCAUGGCCAGAGGACGAGCAUAUCGCAGCAUUUGAGCUGGCCGAGACUGGGGCGCACGGCGAGUUGCGUAAGGCUGAGGCAGCUGUGGAAGCAGGCUGGCCGGGGGCUGAGGUGUUUAUUGAUCGGAUGCAGCGGUCGCGUCGACGGGCAGUGGCGUAUCAGACCAGUGCACGUAAUGCUUCCACUCAGGACUGGCUGCCCGUGGAAGACUUGUUGGCGCGCUGGCACCUGGCACAGGCCGUUCUACCCGGUGCAACGAAAGCCGUGGCAGUGGCUGACUUUGUGCCAAGUGCAGAGCGUACACCGCCGUCGACCGCUGGACCUGAAUCCGUAUCGACUGGCGCGUCCUCUUGGGCUGCGGCGCCUGUAACCACAUAUGGUGCCGUGGCCGGUGGGGGGGUGGCUGCUGUACUCAUUGUGGCCAGCAUUGUUCUUAUCCGACGCAAGCAGAGUCGUGGACGCGUGGCCACGGCGGAUCAGGCAGCGGAGAGCGUGGCCAUGUGCGACAACCCGGUGUAUGCGGGCGCCCAAGGCAAAGUGCGCUUUCAGACUGGAACGCUCGUCAAGACAUGGGAUCCCACUUUUUAUGAUGUCGAUCAUGCAGGCGACCUCACCCCCGAGGGUGAGGGUUACGGUCAAAUGAUGGGAACAAACUACGAUGUGAUUGCAGACAAUGAAUACGCCAUGCUAGAUGGCGAUGCUCCAGCUCCAGGUGGUACACACGACUAUCAGUACAUUGCAGCUACUGAAGGCAGCGAUGCCUCGGAGUCGCGAUACGAGUAUGCACCUGCUGGCCACAACGCCAGUCAACCAGGCACAUACUACAGUAGUGCUGAGGUUGCGGUGCCUGCACCAGAGUACGGAUAUGUUGCGCCUGAAUCUAUGAACGAGGAGUACGAGUACGGAACCGGCUUCAACGUGCAGCAGGACAACGUUCCUGGCUCUGAUGAAGCUUACGCGUACUAUGCGAGCGGGCUUGUUGGUCCCUCUUCGUUACAAAACGAGAGUGUCUAUCAGGACAUGAGCGCCGAUGACCAACAUGCUGCAUACGCGGACUUGAGCUCUGUGCCGCUUCCUUCGCUCUCAUCGAACACAAAGUCCAAGCAAGAUUCGGGAACUAGGGCUGCCGAUGAGAGCGACGACGAUUAUGUGGGCAUUGUGGAUGAGGCACCGCAAGAUAGCUAUGGUGCUCGGGUGGUUGAUCAACCCGACUAUGAGGAGUCUCCGUCGAAUGCAUUCGGGGCAGUGGAUCUUGCAGACUAUGAAGUGGGCGCCGAGGUGACUUUGUCACAAGACUACGAAGCUUCGGCACCUCGACUUUCGCUGCGUCCCGACCCCGCCAUGCCAGUGGACACGCCAGUUGCUGUUCUGCACGUGGGUCGAUCAGAGGCCGAGGCCAUGCUGCGUCAGCCCAGCGAAAGCUCGGGAUCUUACGUCGUGCGUAAGAAGGGACCAGGGGCCUACGUGGUGAGCCUGCGCUACCAUGGCCGCAUGCACCAUUACAAGCUGAGCCGCUCAGGGCCGGGCCAAGACUUUUUCCUGCAAGACGUGCGUCUGGAGGGGUGCAACAGCCUUGCUGCUGUGAUCACAGAGCUCUCUGUGCGCCCCCAUGCGCUUGUCACCGUGCUUGUCCGCCAAGCUAGCGAAUGCGCAGACACGGCAGCAUGAGCUUUGUGUCGCGACAUCAUUAUAUUGGCCCGUGAAUCGUGUAGAUGAACAUAAUUGAUCCUUGACCUCAA